GCCAUUUUAGAGUGUUAUCCGCUCUCGGCGUGUUACUUUGGACUCUCCCGAAUGCUUCGUUGUUUUUCUUGAAAAUCUCGCUCGUAGCUCUAUUAUUUUUGCAUAACAUACUGUAGUAGUGUUAGUGAUUCAAGAUGAGUUACGGCAGACCUCCGCCCGACGUCGAGGGCAUGACAUCUUUAAAAGUCGACAAUCUGACGUACCGCACGUCUCCCGAAACGCUGCGGCGGGUUUUCGAAAAGUACGGCCGGGUGGGGGACGUUUAUAUCCCGAGAGACCGGUACACAAAAGAGAGCCGUGGGUUCGCCUUUGUCCGUUUUCAUGAUAAGCGGGACGCGGAGGAUGCAAUGGACGCGAUGGACGGCGCGCUGCUGGAUGGGCGCGAACUGCGCGUGCAGAUGGCGCGAUACGGCCGCCCGCCAGAUUCGCAUUACGGCCGCCGCGGAGCCCCACCGAGGAGGUACGGAGGACAUGGACGGAGAAGCCGAAGCCGUAGUCCUCGGCGCAGGAGGCACAGCAGGUCUAGGUCCAGGAGCAGGAGCCGGUCCCGUUCCCGUAGCAGAUCCCGCUACAGCCGUUCCAGAUCCAGGUCCUACUCCCGUUCCCGGUCUAGGUCCCGUUCCCGCUCCAAAACCCGCACACCACGCAGAAGCAAGUCCAAAUCGGCAUCCAGGUCCCGGUCGAGGUCUAAGUCCAAGUCUCGCUCCAGGAGCCGUACUCCGAGAUCGAACAAAGGAUCCAAAUCACGAUCCAGAUCAAGAAGCAGACCCAAAUCUCCAGAGGAUGCCGGAGCCACUGCUGAAUCGUGAAGCAUAGGUGAGCCUAAUGUUUUGUAUAAAAGUAUAUUCAUAAUGUUGUUGUCAUCCAAAAAUAUGAAUGGCAAGUGUAUUUUUUACUUUUUUUGUUUAUAGUUAAUAUCCCUGGUAGUCCUGAACUUUUGAUUUAAGCAGACCAUCUAAUGACCCCAUUGUAACUCUCGUCCAAAGUGGGGCUAAAGUGAAGGCAUGCACUAAUAGCUCACUUAAAAUGGCUGCUUAAAAUCAUAUUUUAAUAUUUCGCCCUUCUACUUCUUUUUUCACCAAGUCCCUCAGGACAUCUGCAGAUGUAGUAGAUCGGUAGAUGCAUCAUCUCAAAGGAGGUGUCAGGUUUUACCCAAGUUUAGUUUGUUGGAGCUGUUAUUCACAGCAUUUGUCUGGUAUCGCCGUUUCUGCAUGACUUAAGGGUUUUUUAAUUCACUCCCUAAACCUCACAACAGAUAUUUGAUUUGGAGCUGUCGUGGGUAUAACCGUAAGUAUAUUUGUUUUGAAACGUGUACCAGCCAAAAUCCAUUGAUUUUAUCUAAAUGUGGAAUUCUUUCCUCCAAGCUGCUGAUUCCUGUUUGCAAAAGAGGAGUUUGGGGCAGUUUGAGAGCAGUUAGUGUGUGAUCCGACCAUUGGCUGCCUGCUGCUGAUUGGCGGUUGCUAUGGAGCAGGUCGGUCUCAUUGAGUGUUGAGGUGGUGUUGAGGUACGUCUGCAGGACAAUGGACUGAGACCUUUUCAUCAUCCUUGUCACAAACUCAUGUCUAUCGUGGCAUAGGCAAAAGCGGGAUGGAUAUGGGGUGUGUUCUCAAAGCUAGUUUAAGCUGUCUGGCUGCAGGAUGUCUGAUUUCAUUCAGGCAUAUAAUUUAGUAAUCUAAUUACGGGUUGGUUGGUUCUAACCACCGAUAAAUGCUUUGUACGUCAGCUUGCCGACACUUAAAGUGGCUAUGAGAAGUUAACUUCACCCUCAGGUUUGUUGGCUCUCUUCCCAUGAGGUUUCUCGCAGAACAAACAUCAGGUACACGAGGUUUCUUGCAGAACAAAAAUGAGGUCCAUAGAUUAAUUGUAAAUAUGGCUAGCUUCUCAUUGUUUGUUCUGUAUAACUGAGGACCAGCUAUUGAGCAUUGCCUAAUAUGCAAUGCUUCGUUUUAGGACGAUUAUUGUACAACCUUCUCUGCUUUGCUCUUUGAAACUAACUUAGUUCUUCUUUUCUUCUAGAUGUCAGCUGAUUGAAUCUUCGAGGAUCGCAUCGAACAGAUGUCCGUCUGAGGAUACUCAAAUUAUCCAUAUAUCAGACCGAAAGGUUAUUGUAAUUUGGUCUAAAUCUUUUAAAUGAUUUCUUUUCUCUUUUUGUUGCCCACAGUUGUUUUUGUAUCAUACAUUUGAAUUCCAUGUGAUAUUAAAUGAUCUUUAUGCCUAAAUUGGGCUGCUAGGUGAAAUCACUUCACUUCAUUUUUGGUAGUUUUCAUUUUGUUUUGAAACUCCCAGACUAUAAAGUAAGUUCUUUUUAAUCAGUUUUUUUGUUCUUAAUAAACAUUUAUUAAUGGACAGUUUUGGAUGUUGUGAAUAUUUCUUUGACCUUAAAGGACUGGGUAGAGAUUGCAAUUUGGCCACUAAAAAAAUCCUAUGUAAAACCGUGACAUCGUAACGAUUGCUAACCGAGCAGGUGUUAUGGUUUAAAUGGAAAAUUUAACCACAACAUGAUUCUAAUAUUCUCUCUUGUGUAUUUUCUAUGCACUAGGCGCAGUUGCGUAGCAGUUGAGUUUUGCUGGUUAGCUGUUAAGGUGGCGUGUUGCGGUGCAGAGUGCUUGGCUGUUUCCAGUAUUCUCCUGAUUGCUCCUGUGUAACGCCUUGAUUUUGUUUAAAUUUUGGCUGCAGCAUUCAUUCUUUUUGCAGAAAGCUCCUGUGCAAGUCCUUUUGUGAAUACCCAUUAUAAGGCAGAUAUCUGAGCUUAUUUCACAUCUCCGGAAGAGUUCUAUGAUUUGUGACAUGCUCACUUGGUCGUAACCUCCAUGUGAAUGAUGAUGAAAAUAAAGGUUUUCUUUCUUGGA